AUGUCGCACGUCCUCGCAGGCGCUCCAGGAGCCUGCUGUCUCCGCACCGUUCAACACGUCGGCGAGAAACGCGGGACGAUCGAGACCGUAGCGGGCGUCGAGACGUACGUCUCCCGCCCCAAGGACGGCAGCAACAAGAAAAUCGUCCUCUUCUUCGCCGACGUCUACGGGCCGAUCUACAUCAACUCGCAGCUUAUCAUGGACUACUGGGCCGACAACGGGUACCUUGUCGUGGGGUUGGACUAUUUCGAGGACGACUCCAUGACGAAGCAUCCCGAUAGGGAGGCUCCUGGGUUCGACUUCCAGGGGUGGCUGAAGCGAAAGCAAGCUCGCGCGCCCGAGCUGAUCGGGCCCUGGGUCGAAGCUAUCCGCAAGGACUACGGAUACUGCUUCGGUGCACCGUACGUCUGCGAGUUCCUCGCAAAGGAUUGGCUACUUGCCGGUGCCUUCGGCCACCCAGCCUUCCUGAACGAAGACCACAUCCGGAACGUCAAAAAGCCCUUGCUCUUGUCGUGCGCAGAGAUCGACCACACGUUCCCGCUCGACGCGCGGCGCAAGGCAGAGGACAUCCUCGUCGAGAACAAGGCGACGUACUUUAUCCAGGUGUUUGGCUCCGUCCAGCACGGUUUCGCGCUGCGCGCGGACCCUAGCAUCCCCGUGCAAAAGUGGGCGCGGGAGGAAAGCGCGCGAUCAAUAUUGAAUUGGUUCAACCACUUCUGCGAUUAG